AUGCCGCAUUCCUUCUUCGGCCGAACGUACAACAACUUAUCGUCCAUCAACGAAUGUAAAAACAGCGGUCGAUGUGUGAUCAACAAGAAGAACAGGACUUCUUGCAAGGCAUGCCGACUUCGCAAGUGCCUCAUGGUGGGGAUGAGCAAGCAAGGUUCUCGAUAUGGCCGUCGGAGUAACUGGUUCAAAAUCCAUUGUCUCCUUCAAGAACAGACAGGCGCCAGCCUGGAACACCCUCCCGUCACGAAGGACCUGAACAAGGACGUGUCGGACUAUUCGAAGGAAUUAAGUAGUCCAGAAUCUCACGCCUCGGAUAACUCCGGAGAAUUUCACUUUUCGAACCGGGUGGGGGGACAUGUUACGCAGCAUUCCCAUUUGGAUUCUCUCCCAUUAUCACCGCCUCUUGGAGUCGUAGCUGCAUCUAUGGGUCAGCCCUUCUUCGAUAGGAAUCUGUUCCCGGGGCUUGGACCGUUGUCUCCAUUGGCGAUCGGGGGUUUACCUCCCUUGAGUUUGCCGUCUUUCCCAGCUCCACCAAGGGUGCUGCUCGGUCCCCUCCCUCCGACGACUAAUCCAGCUUUCUUGAUAGCACGGCGGACCUAUUUGGACGCUGUCCUCGGGCGGCAACGUCUUGGAGGGAUGAGAUUCGAGUCCCACGGACCUGGACCGGAAACAGGACUCUCUCCACCCGAACCGAUCUCCGGACAAGUUCCGGAACAAGAGACUCCCAUCGACCUCACAGUGAGGAAAGGGGGGAUUGGAGGAGGACGAAACAAGUUUGAGGUGAACUGCUCUGCGAAGAGCCCUGGUUCCGCCGAGAAUGAAGAUUGUAGUGAUGGGGCUGGUAGUGCAUCGGAUGUGGAAGAUCCUGACAGUCCCGGCACGGGACGUUCCUCUCCUGCCUCACCCGAAAAUGAUGAUGAGACUCGGCACCGCCGAGAGGAACCUAGCACGCCUUUGGACCUCACUACCCGAAGUGGAUAA